UACAGGUAAAAAACCAUAUCUCUGCAAUUUUUCUGGAGAAGAUGCAUCUGGGACAGCCAUACAGCUCAAUCAGGCAAGAAACAAUAGAGAAAAAAAUGCUGUGGAAUCUAAACCAGAAGUGCUAAAGGUGGCAUCUACACCACAGGACAAGAUCAAAGAACCUUUUCCAAAAUAUGUGGAUUGCAAAAUUUACCCUGAUUCAAAGAUGUCAGCAUUUCAGCAAAGUUGUGAUUUUCCUUGUUCCAGUAAGACUGCCGCUGUGAGACUGAAUUUGCAAAGCCCAUUGGAAAUUCAGCAGAAGCUCACUAAAGAGAGCCUUGUAGAGAUGAAUGAACAUUCUGUGCUCAAUAAAGAUACAGAGAUGUCUGAAAAGACUCCAUUAGAUCUAAGUGAGAAAUCAACUAGGGCUGAUUCAUGCCAUACAAGUUUUACCUCAACCUUGCAGGCUGCUCUGAUUGUCCACCGAUGUCCUUACUGCAGUCAUAAAACUUACUAUCCAGAAGUCCUGUGGAUGCACAAAAGAAUUUGGCACAAAGUUAGUUGUAAUUCUAUGGCUCCUGCUUGGGUUCUUCAAAAUGAAUUCAAGAGUAUAAAACAUAAUUCUGUUUUUAUGGCAAGAAGUGGGCGCACUGGACCACCUCCGGUACUUGGUGGGAAAGAAUGCCAACCUUUGCCUAUAGCCAGAUUUACACGUACUCAGGUGCCGAGUGGGUUGUCAGGAUCCAAAAAUAAUUAUUCUGAUAUUGCUGUAUCUCCUAAGCCUGGGGCUAUGGCAAAAGAUGUACCAUCCACUGGGGGCUGUGGUCUGCAACCAUCAGCUAUUGAUGGAUAUAGACCACCCAAACUUAAUCACACUCACGAACAAUACAGUACAGUAGCCCAGCAGCCCCAAUUAAAAUCAAAAUUUGAUGUGAACGCCAAAUUGAUGCAAACGGGAAGCUUUAGCAGAAAUUCAACGCCUUCCCAUACAGUGAUAUCUAAACCUAGUCCACAGCCCUCCAGUAGCAGAGAAACAGAAAAGUACAUAGUCCCUCAAGUAAAUGCUGGAUCUGCGCCUUUAAUCAAGCAUUGUACUCCAGAUACAGGGAAGGCCAAAUUUUUAUCUCCAUCUCACUACCACCCUCUGUGUAAAACUGAGCCAUGCGCUACUCAAGAACCUCCAUCAAUGCCUCAGCAAGAACGUACAGCCAAGAGGGAAAGUGAAAUGAGAGCAUUGAUCAAUUGUACUGGAGGAUCCAGAGCAAGUCCUUUGAUGCAACCUCAGCCUGUUGCAGCAGGACCUCCUCCACCUGUACAUUCCACCAAACAGGAGCCAUCCCCUGAGGGGCAUGAGAAAUGUUUGGAUAUUGUAAACAUCUUAAAGACCUCCAUUCCAAAGGAUCUGGCUACUUUCUACCAAACCUGGGGUGCCAAUAGCCCUGUAAUGGACCGUGCUGGGAUGCUUAGGACACAAACGCGCCAAGGAGACUAUCUCUGCAUAGAGUGUGGGAAGGGCUUCACACAGCCAAGCCACCUCAGGACCCACAUGAGGUCUCACACAGUGGUAUUUGAGUCUAAUGGACUCCGAGGUACUGAAGUUCACACCACCUCCGCAGAUGCCCCAAAACAAGUGAGAGACCAUUCCAGUGCAGAUAUUGUCCGUACAGUGCCUCUCAGAAAGGGAACCUAAAAACUCAUGUCCAGUGUGUACACCGGGUCCCCUUUGACAACAGCCAGUACCCUGACCUACGGUUCCCAUCACCUCCAAAUAAUUAUUCCAUCAACCCCUUAGAAGGCCAGCUGGAAAACAUCUUUACAAUCUCUCCAGUCCCUGGAGCCACUGUGUUAUAGUGAGACUCAAGCUUUGUGCUUUGCUAGAAGAGUGAUGUCUCUGAACUGUUAAUCAUUUUAAAAUAAAUGAAGAACCUACCCAAGAUAUAUACAAAUUGACAUAGUAAUCAGUCCCCACAGUUCCUUAUUUCCUUUAUAAUAAACAGAAGAGCUGGCAAGCUUUGGGGUAGUGCAAAGCAUAUAUAUUAAUCAAGAUAACAUUUUUAGACACUGGAAAAAUUAAACGUCAUAUAUUUGGAGGAUGGCACUGCAACAGAAUCUUCCCUCGUGGUGGCUUGAAGUUUUAUUUUUAUUUAAAGAAAACACACACGCAGGGUGGAUUUGGGAAUGUGGGAAGGAGUGAUUAAGCAACUGUCACGCCCGGAAA